AUGAUGUCCACCGGUGACCUUCUCAAUAUCGAACCCGUCGAACUCAAGUUCACCUUUGAACUCAAGAAGCAGAUCUCGUGUUCUCUUAUAUUAUCAAAUAAGACAGAUAGCUAUGUAGCUUUCAAGGUAAAAACAACUAAUCCGAAGAAAUAUUGUGUUCGGCCAAACACUGGAAUUGUGUUGCCUCGAUCUACAUGUGAUGUUAUAGUUACCAUGCAAGCGCAAAAGGAAGCUCCACCUGAUAUGCAAUGUAAGGAUAAGUUUCUUCUUCAAAGUGUAAGAGUGAAUGAUGGAGCCAAUGCAAAGGAGAUUACUCCUGAAAUGUUCAACAAGGAAGCAGGGCAUGUGGUUGAGGAGUGCAAACUGAGAGUGCUGUAUGUCGCUCCACCUCAGCCUCCUUCACCAGUCCAAGAAGGUUCUGAGGAAGGGUCAUCACCUAGAGUUUCUUUUAACGAAAACGGUGGUGCUGACUCCACAACGAUGAUGAGAGCAUUUACCGAACGUCACGAAUCUUCAGAAAAAUCUGCAGAGGCAAAAGCUCUCAUGUCAAGGCUGACUGAAGAAAAGAAUAAUGCAAUUCAACAAAAUGCCAAACUUCGUCAGGAACUGGACCUACUGAAACGUCAAAGCAACAAAAGUCGUGGGAGUGCCUCGAUGAUCUUUGUCAUAUUUUUUGGUUUACUUGGCAUGAUUACAGGGUAUCUCCUGAAGAAAACCUAA